AAUCAUGUAAGUGGCUUUAAACAGUCGAUUCUCGUGGUAUUCUCGGGUCGUUCGUUCAAAGGAAGUCUUGAGGAGUGGCUAUUCAAGGUCAAGUCUCUUUUGUAGAACUAUUCUGAACUAUAUAAUAGUACUGUUUUGUUUUAGGGACUUCAAAUGAAAAUGAUUUUUUAGACAAGAUAAUUUAAAUUAGCCUCCACUGACUGAGUGGGAAGGUUCUAUUGUAUCUUCUAAAAAACCGGAGGUAAAAAUUGCCUUUUUAAUUGUUAUCUUUUAACAAUCGUGGAUAUUCAUAUAAAUACUAUGAACUUUAAUGAGCAGUACGUUUUUGUAACUAAUGCUGUUGAAGGUUGGUUGACUUUUUUUCGAAGUUUGGACCAGUAUAGAUUAGUGUGAGCCGUAUUUAAAUGAAAUCUAUCCUACUCUGACUGUUUCAGUUACGUAGACAGAUAACUGAACCAUUCGUACAACGAUAAGGCCAACCUAUAAAUGAACGAUCUUUCCAAAAGUUGCCAAGGAAUAGUAUACCAAAAAAAAAUUAGUUUCCCGCCUUUUUCUCGAAUCUUAUAUCGGCGUUCCUGAAAUCUCCCACCUUCCUCCCCGACGCACUGGUAUCCAAUAAUGAAUAUAUAUAGUAAAUUUAAUACGAAGUUCAUGGCUUCGAGGAGAUAAUUAUAGCUAGGGGGAAAGUUCCGGUUUGGAUUCGUGGUUUUUUUUUAAUCUAACAAAGCGCCUUAUUGUAAUAAAUGUCAUUAGGUAUUUUGGAACCAUGACCUCUAUCAACCUAGCCCGUAAAUUUAAUCAAACGGAAUUAUCCGUAUACACUUAAUUUUACAUUACCAAAUUAAACUAUGAUAUUUCUGGUCGUAUUUUAAGUAAAACACAAAUAAACGAGAUUAUGAUUAGGUACGAGGAAGAUUCGAGAAAGCGAAGAGUUUGCCCUAAAAAUGAACAAAAUGCAACUUGCUACGAUCAGUAUUCGCAAAAUGCAGAAAUACAAAAGAGACUUAGAGCACCACAUUUUCCACACGGGAUUUAGAGUCAGAGCCACUUGUAUAGAGUCAUCAGGCUGCAAUACUAUUUCCCAUCAUAUAGUAUAAAAUCCCAUCUUCCCGGAUCUGAGAUGAAGCCGAGCGAAGGCCAGAACGCCCCUUUUUCCGGUUCCAUCCGUUGAUUUGGGAGGUGGGGGGAGAGGGUGUUUUAAUUUUCCGUCUAUUUUGUCCAAGAUUGUAGCACCAUAAACAAAACUUCUUCUCGGUAGGAUUUCAUCCACCGAUUCAUAAUCCGCUCUUCAAUCCCGUGCGCAUGGUGCAGCAAGAUGAACAGUACUACACGGAUGUACUGCACAGAAGCGUACUUUGGUCGAACGUACCCUUUAGAAGAGACUAGACAGAACCACCAACAACACUCAGUGUUUCCAUCAAAAGUCUUGAGGCUACGGUUUCUCUCGCAUAUCACACAUCUUAGACGCUUCCUUAGACUGACGGAGUAUUGAGAGCAGAAGACGAUAACUUUUCUCAUUCUCCCAUUCGCCCAUACCGCCAUUUAAUACGCCUGCCAUUGUAGACCGCGCUUAUGUUCAGUAUAGUAGCAUAAAAAGAUUCCCCGGCAGAGCUUUACAAUGAAGUAGCUAUUGCUAUACAAUCCCACUUUACCCUGCGCUUAAAAAUAACGGCUAAGGAUAUUUCAGACACAAUUUAGCUUUAUUGCUACGAGACAUCCUUUUGCAGUCAGUCCUUUCCUAUAUCUUACUACCCCACUUCUUUUACUAUAAUACGCAUUACGAAAAUUGUAAGAAAUGCCGGACUCUCUGUGCAGUAUCAUUGCCAGUUCACUAAAAAAAAUGCCGGCUCUCCUUGGAAGGUCAUAACGUCGAGGCUAUGACGUAACAAUUUUUUUUUCACUGCGCGGUUGAUAGUGCUAUCAGAAUUAUGUGAAAUUGUUGAUCUACUAACCACAGAGUCGAUCCGCCGGAACCCAUUUUCAUUUCUUCACAAUUAACGCAUCAAGAUCAUAUUGUCUGACCUUGACUUUCUAUCAUCACUCUGUAAUCACUCGAGGUUACGCCAUCUUAAAAGGCGAUUACCCUGCAGGCAUGAAUGAAAGAUAUAGGAUCAGAAGGCUAUUGAUAGACAACAACAACAACAAUAAGCUUUAUUUGCAUGACCAUAACAAAGUAUUACAGUAUUGCAAAAGCUACUUGAAAUUAACCAUUGAUUCCUUGUAAAUUAAAUAUUUAAAAUAAUUUGAAACUUAUUUAUCAUUGUUUAUUUCUAACCAUCAGUAGGAUUAAUAGGAUGCGUUAAAUUGGUUUACCUUGUAUACGUACAAUACACUGGGAGCUGAAAGCCUUUUCCAUCCAUGCUUGAAAGACCAAUAGAGAACUGCAUGCAUCGAGCUAUUUGCCACGGUCCUUCAACGAAGUAAUUAAUUUUAGAGUUAAUCCUUCUUUUACAAAACUGUCAAUCAAAAUCAGCCAAAGAAUAAGAAAUACUAACGAAAAUGAUUCCACAUUCCUAGCCUGAAAACCGUUGUAUUUUGCAGUGCGAACGAUGUUCUCCCGCCAUCUUGGACGUUGAAACUGACAGAGAGUUGGUGCGAGUCAAAAAAUGAUUCCAAGGGAGAUGUUGACGGGUCAAAAUCUAAUAUCACCAAGACAGAAAGUUCCACUUCUGCAUUUUACUUUAAAAAGUCCUUAAACUAAGGGAUAUGAAAGUAAGGAAAGUAAACUUCUAGAGGACAAAAACCCCAACAGCUAAACUUAGAGCUUAACUUUUCAACGUUUUCAAAGACCAGAGAAAAAGGUGACGACAUGUUUGGAACCAUAUCUCUCGCCCGAAAAAAAGGAAAUCCAGGACAGUCUUGGAUUCUAGAUUCCACGCCUUGAAUUCCGGAUUCCAGAUAUUCCAAAUCUUUGUCAGCGGAACUUGGAUUCUGGAUUUCAUUCGUCAGUGGGAUUCCGGGUUCCAAAUUACCCUGAUUCCGAAAUCCGAAUUACAUGGGGCAAAUAUCGCAGCAUACAAAAGAACAUAUACACAUAUACACAGCCAUAUACACUUUCCUUUGGUAACCAUAGUUUCCGACAGAAGUUCCCGUCCUAAGUUCCUGGCUGAUAUCUUAAGGCCUUCUGAGUGAGUUUUUCAGAAGAUCGUGUAAAGAACAGCGCCGGAACUCCCCUGUCAAGAUGAAAGACAUUUAGGUUACUCGUUGAGUAGGUUGCUUCCGGCGACGUUCCACCUGCCUACCUCAGAAUCCCUCCCAUGCGUACGCAGAGAUUUGCCGACCUCGUGGAAGGCAGUUCCUCGGACAUGUACCAUAUCAUCACAUCAUUCCAUGUUACAGUGUGA